AUGAAAAAAUCGAUAAUGUCUUGUGAAUACAGAAUAUCUCCUUUGCGUUCAAUCGACGAUUUCUUCCUAUCGUCGGCUCGUUUUGAAAAACCCCGCUUUGGCUCAAGAAUUGUCUCAAACCUACACUACUAUCAGACCAACUAUUUUCUCGUUAUUCUCGUCGUCUUUAUUAUAUUCGGUAUAAUAAGUCCACAGAAGAUGUUAUUAUCAUUGGCUGUGAUAGCGAUGUCUGUGUUGGCAAUGGUGUACGCGUCCGGAUGUAUGAGCGAAAGGCCGAGAAUCCCUCCGAACACAUACCAAACAUACCUGUACUUCGCGGUCAUCAUUACAUCCAGUUAUUUAGUUUUGCAUAAUUUUGCGUCCAUUUCUAUACUUCUUACUAGUCUUUUGAUAUCAAUUUCUCUAAUCCUAAUCCACGCGUCGAUGAGAUUAAGGAAUAUUAAGAAUAAAAUCAGUGAUAAAAUGGGCACAAAGAAUACUCCGAUGGGUCUUAUUCUCAAUGCAAUUAAUAUCCAAAAUGAGGACUAA